AUGAGAACAGAAGGAACUGUUGUUGAAACUCCAGCUCCAACAGAAAAGCCAACAACUAAUGUCCAAGCUGAGGGUAGUGAAGAGCAAGAACUUACUCCAGAACAAAUGGAUUUCAUUCGCGAAAAAAUUCGCCCAAUCAAAAUAAUGGAAGUUGUUUUCUUUUUCUCAAUAAUUGGUGUUUUCUUAUUCAUCUAUAUGCGUGUUUAUAAUCAACCAUUCCCACCUUUCUUGAAAUUCAUUCUUGGAAUAGAUGAUGUUGUCUAUCCUCGCGAUGCUCAACCAAAAGUUGGGUCAAACAAUGCAUAA